AAACAAAAUAUGGCAGGAAGGGAUAAUAUUGUUGCUAAGUAUAAAGAGCUCCAGGCCAGUUGCAUGGCAGUGGAUUGCUCUGGACAGUAUGCAAUUCUCGGAGCGAGGAAGGUGCUAGCCUUCAUAUCUUUAGAUAACCCUAAAGCAAUCGUCAGGAAAUUGACUAGGCAGAGUAAGUGGGAAGUCAGUGCUGUCAGAUGGAAUCCACAUCCUUCACACUCUGGAAUCUUUGUCACAGCGUCUAAUCAACGCGCUGAUGUCUAUUCCUGGGAAGAUGACCACAACACAAGUGAGAAAACAGCUGUCAAAGCUCACACCAGAGUCAUCAGCGACCUGGAUUGGUCACCGCAUGACCCAAACAUGCUCGCCACCUGUUCUGUGGACACGUUUUCUUUCUUAUGGGACGUAAGGGACACCAGGAAACCAUCACUGUCUCUCCAAGCUGUUGCUGGUGUGUCUCAAGUUAAAUGGAACAAGGUGAAUUCAAACCUAAUUGCUACAACUCAUGAUGGAGAUAUCAGGAUUUGGGAUCCAAGGAGAGGCACAUCUCCUGUUCAGUACAUCGCCGGACACUUAUCCAAAAUUCAUGGCCUCGACUGGAAUCCUUGUGACGAGACCAAGUUGGCCACAUCUAGUCAAGACUGCACUGUCAAGUUUUGGGAUGUGUCGAGCCCUAGACGUCCAGAGAAGGUGCUGUCAUCAGGAUCACCAGUGUGGCGAGCGAGAUACACGCCUUUCGGUCACGGACUGGUGUCUGUUGUCGUACCCCAGCUCCGGCGCGGGGAGAACAGUCUGUUUCUAUGGAACACAGACGACUUGGUGCAGCCUGUUCACACGUUUAUUGGACACACGGACGUGGUCUUGGAAUUCGAUUGGAGAAAACUUGAGAAUUCUUCCGAUUAUCAGCUGAUCACAUGGUCAAAGGAUGGAAGUCUUAGAAUGUGGAAGAUAUCCUCGUCUUUGCAGAAAUCUUGCGGCCGUGAUGACUCGAUCACGUCUAUGGAUGGCAUAAACGACAACUUAGACACAACAAACGAUUCGGCAGAGAAGGUUGAAGAGGAGGAACCGUUCCCAACCCCACCCAUGGAGCCUAUGCAUAAAACCCCGCCAAAUAAACCUCCCGAGUUUGAGGAAAAGCCAUCCCCUCAACAGCCCAGGACAUUACAACAGGAGUUCUCACUCGUCAACCACGAAAUUCCUAAAGUAAACAUUAAUGAGAUGGAUGCUGGGAAAAGGACGUGCACGGUUUCUGCGAUCAGCGGCAAGUACCUCGUCAAGAUGGUCAUGUCGUUUCCAGCGAUGUAUCCAAAUAACGCAGCGCCGUCUUUUGAAUUCAUCGCACCGACUACAAUCGACAAGACAAAUCAAAACAAGCUCACGAAGGUUCUUCGAGAUACCUCACUCCAACACGUGAAAAGAAGUCGUGCGUGUCUGGAACCUUGUAUCCGCCAGCUAAUAUCUACCAUGGACACACUCACAAUGGAAGAACGAACAACACCAGAUUCGGACACCCCAUACAAUCUCCAGCAGCCCCCACUUCCACAGCCAAACUACCUGUCUCUGGCCAGCUAUGGUAGCUACAAUGACUCAUCCAUUCCUUUCCCGAGGACGUCCGGGGCAAGAUUUUGCAGUACUGGCAUGCUAGUGAUAUUCCGACGGCCAGGAGAAAUCAGGAAAAGUAGCCAAACGUCCGAGGUGACACCUCGGGCGCUAUCGGCCCUUUCGGCGUAUGUGCAGACGCAGGCUGUCCACCCUGUGAAUGUGAUUCCUGUCCACACUCCUCAGCAGGCUGCCCCCUAUAAUAUCAUGUUCAACAGCCGGUUGGCAAGUUCACCAAGCGAGAAUCUCUCUAUUAGUAAUUUCUACAAUUUCAAGGAACGGAAACAAAGACAGCGAGCCAAAAGUAAAGCGCGUGACAUUGGUGAGCAUCGGACGAAGGAGUCACCUGGUCACAAAAAGGAAAAGUCUGGUCCAGUUGUGCUGUAUGAUAUCUCCUCCAUCCUGCCGGUCCACAAAUACUUAGCAGAGAAUUACAGUCUUGAUAGCACCGAUCUUACCGCCACCUGUGCCAAGAAUGCCAGUGCCGCAGCAGUUGUUGGAAGAAGAGACCUAGUGCAGAUGUGGUCACUAGUGUCGUUGGCAUUGCACAGAAAGUUGUCCUGUUUAGACGGACCUGAUGAGGGAUCACCCUGGGCGCAACAUCCCUUUGGGAAAAAUAUGCUUAAGUCUCUGAUCGACCACUACAGUAGUCUCUAUGAUGUGCAGACGCUGGCGAUGUUGAGUUGUAUCUUUGGCGCCCUUGAUGGUCCGAGACCCGCACCCUCGCGUCAGAGCUCAAGGAAUAAUAGCGAUCGCGAUUCUGAGUACAAUAACAGCGAUUCAAACUACUUGUUCCAGCCGUUGGAUUCAGUAGUGCAUGGUUAUAGCGUCAGUUCCUCGUUAGCGAAAGUAAAGCGGUGGUUAUCUGUUGAAGAGAAGGUCCGAUCAGGAGGUGAUUAAAUUUGUUCUUGAGGGUAGUGGUAGCUCCCAGUCGGCAAAAACCACUCUGAGAAUCUCCCACCUCGCCGAGUCACCGCAACCACCUCUCUGAAGCUUCAGGCUGAAGACCACCUCUGAACAAGUCCCUUGUAUGGACCACAUCCAACUUAAAAGUUCCUCCCAAGGUGAGGCUAUCUGUGCCAGGACACCGCAGGAGCCAUGUUCAGAUGCUGAAGUCUGAGAUGCAAGAUCAGUCUGAAUCCUGAACAUAGCACCUUGGGUGUCCAUCUGGGCAUUCAACACACUCAUAGGGAGUUGUAAGUUUGAUGUAUGGUCGUAACAGGGCUCUUGUUUAGAGGUUGUCUUCAAUCUGAGGCAGUAUGCACUCUAAGAGGUGGUUACCCUGACUCAGUGAGGUGGGAGAUCCUCAGAGAGGUUGUUGCUGAUUCUGUAGGGUGGGUAAUGGAGUAUUUAGUAUCUCUCUGGUUUGUUAGGUUGGUUGUUAGGUUUGGUGUCAUUUUUCUGAGGUUUUGUCAUGUCAGCUCGGUAUAAUAGUUGUAGUCUCAUGUUUAGGCAGUUUUGGGUGGGGGUAGGAGAUGUUUCCUCGACAGGUGAAUGCUAUUGUCCCUAAGUCCUACUGUUUAUUCUGUAACAAUUUGUGAAGGGUGUCAGCAAGUCGAACAAUGUAGGCUUAUCCAGAAGUUACUCGUUGCUCAGGACAUGGAUGAAACAAGCCAAGCUUCCAUUAGACUCUGUCCCUGUAGAACGCACCAUGCACCGCUGGUCCUAACCCUAACUUGUUGAGCAUGCUUCACUUUCUAACUUCUAUUCUUGAAAUCAACCUAUUCUAACAAUCUUAUAACAACAGUUCUGCUACAACUCUUACGUUAAAUGUAUUUUCUUCAAAUUUUUUCGCUAUUGAUGGUAUCAAAAAUGUAUUCAGUUUUAUAUGGUUGUUAUGUUCUUCCAAAAUAAUUCUUCUGUUAGUUUUAAAUGAUGAUAUACAGCAUAAAAACAUCAAGUGGCUCCUGACACAUGCGUGUCUUAAGCCCACGGCCAGCCAUCUUAUGUGGGGUUGACGGCCCAGAUUUGGUGUUUCCAAGUCUACAAGUCUGGCAGAUUUAGCCCAACCAGUUUAAGCAAUCAUAGUAAAACCCUCAGCAAAGUUCCUUUGGUUUUGGUCUACAUCGGGUCUACCUGUGUGGUCUUGAUAAAACAACCAAGGACCGCUUAUCUAAAGUUAAUAAGUGUAUCUCACUUUGAGACAAGACACAUAAUACCCAAACUCAAAAUGAGACGGACCAUUUUUCCGCUAACCAAAUAACCAAGUCCUGAGUUGAGUUAUCCAAAUCUAAUUGCUUGCUCUUGACAAUAGGAAGGUGGAAUUCAUUUUGCUGGCACGUAGCUUCGCCAUAAAUAACAAUUUAGCGCCGCUAUAAUCAGAUGUU